AUGGCGACUCCGCUGAUUCCGGGGGAAGUGACGGAGCUGGCGCGGGUGGAGCGCGUGGCCGUGCACUCCCACAUAAGGGGUUUGGGCCUUUCGGACGCGCUGCAGCCAAAGCCCAACUCCCAGGGCAUGGUUGGCCAGACCAAGGCCAGAAAGGCUGCUGGUUUAAUAUGUCGGCUAAUAAAGGCGGGGCGCAUUGCGGGCCGCGCUGUGCUGCUGGCGGGACAGCCAGGGACGGGAAAGACAGCCAUAGCGAUGGCCAUAGCAAAGGAGCUGGGCCCUGACACGCCUUUCACGCACUUGUCGGGCUCUGAAAUCUUCAGUUUGGAAAUGUGCAAAACAGAGGCUUUAACUCAAGCCUUUCGGCGCUCCAUAGCAGUUCGAAUUAAAGAAGAGGCAGAGAUCAUCGAAGGAGAAGUGGUGGAAAUUGAAAUUGACCAGCCCACCGGCAGCGGAGCAGCAAGGACUGGCCGCAUGUCUCUCAAGACUACAGAAAUGGAAACCCUCUACGACUUGGGCUCCAAGCUUAUAGGUCUGUUCUUCAGCUAG